CGUCCCUCUCGCUGACGGACAGACGGACUCGCUCCUUCGCUCCUCGUCGGGUCUAAACUCGGAUUUGCCCUCCAGCGGGAGCUGCGAUCCUUGUUCCCCAGACUGUGGGGAGUGGUGGGGCCAGAGUAGCUGCGCCUUCCCCCCCCCCUUUCCUUUCCUUUUUUCUUUUUAAUGGGAGAGUUUGGUUUUGUGAUGAAACCCGGCCAGGUUGUUGAGCUUUUCAUUCAGGAAUAAAAAGUAUGUGAGCUGCGGUGCUUGGUUAAGUCAGAGGGAAACGUGGAGGGAGUGCUUUUAACCCUGGUGGAUGCAGCAGAGCCUUUCACUGUGCAAGAAUUCCAAACCAGUUCAGAUGUUGCUGUUUCAUCCAUUUGCAGGUCUAUGGAAAUGCAGGAUCUAGCCAGCCCACAUAGCCGUCUCAGUGGUAGUAGUGAAUCUCCUAAUGGCCCCAAACUUGAUAACUCUCAGAUAAAUAGCAAUUCCAUGACUCCAAAUGGCACAGAAGGUGACAUGACUCUGCUCAGCACUGCAGACUGGUUGUUAAAUACUAAUACACAGACCACUGCAGUUAAAACAGAGCCAAUGAGCAGCAGCGAGAUUGCUACUACAACAGCAGACGGGUCUUUAGACAGUUUCUCAGGAUCAGCAAUUGGAAACAGUGGCUUCAGCCCAAGACAAACUCACCCGUUUUCCUCGCCACAGAUAUACUCUUCCAACCGAACAUACCCACAUAUUCUUCCUACUCCUUCUUCGCAAACCAUGGCUGCAUAUGGGCAGACACAGUUUACCACAGGGAUGCAACAAGCCACUGCUUAUUCAACCUACCCGCAGCCUGGUCAGCCCUAUGGAAUCCCAUCAUAUGGUACAUUGUGGGCAGGCAUCAAGACAGAAGGUGGAUUGUCACAGACACAGUCACCUGGACAGACAGGCUUUCUGAGCUAUGGCGCUAGCUUUAGCACUCCCCAGCCAGGACAGGCACCUUACAGUUACCAGAUGCAAGGAAGCAGUUUCACAACAUCAUCCGGAAUAUAUGCUGGAAAUAAUUCACUUACAAAUUCUACUGGAUUUAAUAGUUCACAGCAGGAAUACCCAUCUUACCCCAGCUUUGGCCAGGGUCAAUAUGCACAGUAUUAUAACAGUUCUCCAUAUCCCUCACAUUAUAUGACAAGCAGCAACACCAGUCCAACCACACCUUCCUCCAAUGCAACAUACCAGCUUCAAGAACCACCAUCUGGCAUCACAAGUCAACCAGUUACAGAUCCUACAGCAGCAGAAUAUAGUACAAUCCACAGUCCAGCUACGCCCAUUAAAGAUUCAGAUGCAGACAGGUUACGCCGCAGCUCAGAUGGCAAAUCACGUGGCCGAGGCAGAAGAAAUAAUAAUCCUUCGCCACCACCUGAUUCUGACCUAGAGAGAGUAUUCAUUUGGGAUUUGGAUGAAACGAUCAUCAUUUUCCAUUCAUUACUUACAGGAUCCUAUGCAAACAGAUAUGGGAGAGACCCACCUACUUCUGUUUCACUGGGACUGAGAAUGGAGGAGAUGAUUUUCAACUUGGCAGACACACAUCUAUUCUUUAAUGAUUUGGAAGAGUGUGACCAAGUUCAUAUUGAUGAUGUUUCAUCAGAUGACAAUGGCCAGGACUUAAGCACCUAUAACUUCGGAACAGAUGGCUUUCCUGCAGCGGCAACCAGUGCUAAUUUAUGCUUAGCAACUGGUGUGCGUGGAGGAGUAGACUGGAUGAGAAAGCUGGCCUUCCGAUACAGACGAGUAAAAGAAAUCUACAAUACUUACAAAAAUAAUGUUGGAGGUCUUUUGGGUCCAGCAAAGAGGGAAGCUUGGUUGCAGCUUAGAGCAGAAAUUGAAGCCCUUACAGAUUCUUGGUUAACACUUGCACUGAAAGCACUAACACUAAUUCACUCUAGGUCAAAUUGUGUGAAUAUUCUAGUAACGACUACUCAGCUUAUUCCAGCUCUUGCAAAAGUAUUGCUUUAUGGCUUAGGUGUAGUAUUUCCAAUAGAAAAUAUUUACAGUGCAACUAAAAUAGGAAAAGAAAGUUGUUUUGAACGCAUAAUUCAAAGAUUUGGAAGAAAAGUAGUAUAUGUUGUUAUAGGAGAUGGUGUGGAAGAAGAACAAGGAGCAAAGAAGCAUGCUAUGCCAUUCUGGAGGAUCACAAGCCACUCUGACCUUAUGGCCCUUCAUCAUGCCUUGGAACUGGAGUACUUAUAGUAGCACUUUGUAACCCCAGAACUUCCCUCAUGCCCGUGGACAGUGUGCCUGUGUCUUUUGUCAGCACUGGGCUGCAGAACUUUGUGGCUUCAUCAUGUUGAUGUGCAGCCGCAACUGGUCUUAACCUUUGCCCCUCUAGUAUAUGGAGGAGCAUGUCUCCUUUUGUCAGAAACAGCUGUUGAUCCCAGUACUGUGAAUCUAAAGAAAACAAGCCAUGAUGAGAAUGUUUUAAUGAUGUGUCCUUACCAUGUUCACUACAUUGAAAGGUUCGUACCUGUGAAGAGACUAGGAAGUGCUUUGUGAUUUCUAGAAUCUUCAGUGCAACACAUGCAUACCUUCUUAACUAUACCAAACUUGAUUGCACAACAAAGACUAUGUUUUAAAAACAAAACAAAAGAAUCUGAUGGAUACAUUUCUUGAAAAGGUUUACUUUUUUAAAAAAAUUCUCAGACCCAGGGUACUCUGUAAAUCUUAUUUAUGAGCAGACUCUGUUUUAGCAUCAUCACCUAAAUGUUGAUAUGUAUGAUAAAUGAAUGGCUAUAAUGCGUCUUUGCCUUCUGAUAACAAAAUGAUUUUGAUUUUAGCACAUUGCAAAGUAGAUUAAAGUAUGUCUAAUUUAAGCAAAUAGGUACAUCACUGAGACAAUCGUGUACAGGAAGAAUGUUCUUGUGUAAAUUUGUAAUUAAUUUACAAUGUUUUACAUAUUGUUUAGGCAAAUACUAUUGAAAGGUAGUAAUGGCUUUUUGGUGAAUUAUGAGGCAGUGUGUGCACAAACUUGUGCUGUGCCUUAUGAAAGUAUUGUGUAUAAAUAUGUAGAUAAUGGAAAUUUUUUAGAUCAAUUUGUCAAGACCAAAAGCACGGAUGUCAAGUGUCAAUAAGGAAUCCCUUAUUAUUUCUGUUCUUUAUUCUAGAUUUUUUUUUCUUGGCAAGUCUAUUAAAUCAAAAUACCAACUAUCUCUCUUUGUACCCUGAUCAUCUUGGACUUAUUUCUUGUUUAUAAUUUGUUCUUGAAUGCAUAGGUCCAAGUGCAAAAUAACACAUCAAAUGAUAGUUGGUAUCCUUGUUUAAACUGUCAUUUUUCCUGGUGAAGUACAUAGAGAGGAAAGAUUACCCUGUCACUGUAUCAAUGUGCUUUGCCAAGAAAGCAGAAAUUAAACUAUACAUAUGCAUUGUCUGGUGGUAGAAAGGUCAUGUAUUGGAACAUAUCUACAACUAAGAGCAGUACUUUGCUUUUUCAUUUCUGAUCGUAUUUAGAAUUUGCCUCUCAGAAAGGGAAGGGUUACUACUGUCCUUGUAAGACUUCUGACUCAGUGAAGAAUUUUGCUGGCAGAAUGAAAAGGAGUAAAUUCUCACUAAAUACAAAAAAGAGAUGAGGUGAUACCAAGAGCUAUGACAGAAGGGGUAAUUUCCCCUUGCGCUUUCCACCACCAGGAGUGGUAUUGCCAGAAUUCAACUCAGAGGAUCCUCAUGUAAGCAGGAAAACACUCUCAAGCCAAUUCAUUCCCUGUACAAGUAAAUAUUGAAUAUGGGAGAAAUGAGUUUUCCCUGAAAUGGUUAAAAAUGAUUAAAGUAAUGGUUUUUAAAAAAAAACAACAACUAUUUUACAUAAUGUAAUAAGUUAAUAAAAUAAAAUAAAAAUGCAUGUACUCAAAACAAUGAAAACUGUCAUUAAAUCUUAAAAGGUACAAACAGAUAACUCCCUGGGAUGUACUCAGUACAUAUUUGUUAUGGAUUGUCUGUAAAUGUUCUUGCACUCUCAGUCCCCCUUCUAUCGAAAGAUAAUAAAUUCCUUACUAUUAUAUGAAAACAGCAAAUUUCACCCAGACAUCUGCUGAAGUAAGAACAGAGCAUAAUGAGUGGAGUAGUUAUGUGAGGGCAAGUCUGAAGCAAACCAGUGUGACUCUAUGGUACUGCAGUGAAAGAGCAGAAUAUGGUGGAAAGCGAACUUUUGCAAUAACUGUUGAAGCAGACCAGAGCCCAAAGUCCUCUUCCUACCAUUAUUGUGAGACAAGAGAGAAAUAAAUUGGUUUACAGUAAGUAAAACUUUUAAAUACUGGGAAUAUAUAUGAACAUUUUCAAGUACUUUUUGUUUAAUUUAUGAGCCCGCCCCCCAGUCUGGUGUGAAAUUAGAAACUUGCAAAUGUGAUUUUGAUUUCAACAGUCUAACCCCUGCAAAUAGAUUUUUCUAUUAGUCCAUUGCUGGCAAUGGGCACAGCAAGAUAGUAAUUUGCCAAUAUUAUUUAGUCUGUUAGUAACUGCCUUUUGCCGCAUUCGAACUAUACCAUCUUCUGUAGACCAGGAAGAUCAUGAACAAGCUUGUCAGUUUUACUUUGAGCUGAUUUAGGUAAGAAAAUGGGCUGUUCUUAACCAUGGUUAAUAUAUGCACACUUUUAUUUUUCAGAGAAAAUUCUUCAUUGCUGACAUAAUGGUAGUUUAGGCAUACAUUAGUGUAAAUGUCAGUUUGCUUUCCCACUUAACCUGGAUUCUUAGUUGUUAAUGGGGUGGAUGAAUUUCACAGGCAGACAGGCUGAGAGAAGUGAUACACAUGGUUAAGAAAAGCCCCUUGGUAUAUCUGCGUUUGACCUAUGUGUUCAAGUUCUUUGUCUGAACUUUAGUACCAGGCCACUGGAGUCUUCAUUAAAAGUAAACUUAAAAGUUCUUCUAGUUCUUUCUUUUGCUUCUGAUUUUUUUGUUUUGUUUUGUGAAAUAAACCAGCUUUUAAGCCAGCUACUACCUGUAAAGACUAACAGUAGCUGUGAGGUAAACACCUUUUUUGUGGAAGAUGCAUAUUGCUGCUACAGUUUAUAUUAUGUUAUGGAUUGUUUCAAAUUACUUGAUUAUAAUAUGGCACCCCCUAUUGAAUAACUUUGUAUAUCAUGAACAAUUCAGUUCCGCAGUCUGUAAAGUUAAGCACAUAUACAAAUCUUUUAAUGACAGAGGUUGUAAUUUUUUCUCCCUUUUUGCUUUAAGCAAAAUAGAGAUGGACAUGUUUUUUCCCUUUGUUUCAUUUUUUUCUAGUCAAUAUGCUGACUUAAAAAGUUUGUCUGGGCCUUAUUGUACAAAAAGUGUGUUGUGUCCACAGCUGUGUACAGAAGUUUUCUUCAUUCAUUUUGUGCUUAAAUUAAUAAAAUUGAUUUGUGACGUA